UCGGCUGGGCCCCACGUGCUGUUGAUGUCCACGCUGCGGGGCCAGGGGGUGACCCCCCGUCACGACGUCUCCUGAACCCCCACGAACCCCCUCGCCUCGGCAUCCCCCCCCCGCCGCCGGCCUCGGCCUCGGCCAUGCUCUGCCUCACGCGGCUUGGCCAGCAGAUGCGGUCGUGGGGCGCAGGCGCUGGGCCCGGCGGUGGCCGCGUGUUCGUGUGUCUGGGCUGCGCGGCCCUUCGCGUGGCUCCCGAGGCGACAUUGCUGAAGAGGGCUUCCUCCACACCAUCGCUCAAGCAUCUGUACCAGCGGGAGCUGCUUCAGGUUUUAAAGGCACGACAACACCAGCUACAAGGAAAAUAUGUGGUGGAGCAAAUAUCCACCCGCGAACCUGCGCAGAGUUUGCCUUCGCAAUCACAAGCCGUUGUGACUAAACAGAGUUGCUCCAGGGGCAAGCAGCCUGCUGACAAGGUCAAGGGUAACGACGAAGGCAGUGCCUCCAAACCCACCAAGGUGAAACCCAAUGCAGGUGAACCCAGCGCAAGCAAACAAAGUCGUCCCGCACAGCCAAAGACGGGCACAGUCAAGUCAAAGUCCACGAUAAAGUCCAUCAAAGUGAACUCUCGGCAGCAGCCUACCAAGGCGAGUGGGGACGGUGGCACUGAAUCGCUGUCCGACGCCGCGUCUGCACGGAAAGCGCCCCUUCCUCACGCAGCCAUUGCAGCGUCUGCAGAAACGUUAGAGCAGCCGCGUAGGCAGACUGCUCUCGAUCAAAAUGCUUCCAAGGUGGACGCGAAGCUCAAGGACGCAAAGGCGGUGGUUGUAGUAAAGGACAAGGCCGAGGGGGCGACGCAAGUCCAGGAGAGGCAGCAGAAUGAUCCGGAUGAACUCCGUGACCGCCUUCUGUGCUACCUUGAUGCCUGCCUCUUCUCCGGCGAGCUGAAGCGUGCGCAGAAAUACUUGUGGCACUACCACCAGGAUCCCAACUUGCGCUCGCUGUUGAAUAUGCAGAUCUACGACGUAAUGAUGGGCGCCUGGGCCAAAAAGAAAUUUCUAUUCAAGAUUGCCAAGCUCUUCUCCAUGGUUGGUGAGGCCGGCCUGAAGCCCAGCCUGGUAUCAUACGCCGCUGCCUUGGAGUGCAUGGGGCGUGUGCCCAACAUUGCACAGAGCGUCGUCGCGAGGUGCCUGGACGAGAUGCAGCAGAACGGGCUGGAGCUGGACCAGCUGUUUGCGCACUGCAACUUUGUGGAGGACGAGCGCGAGGUGGUGCUGGCCGCCGUGCGCCGCGUCCGGCCCGACUACGCGCCGACGGCGAUGCUGCCCAGACCACUCGAUCAAUUUCCACUCUCCGCCCGCUUCUACGAUCUGGAUAAUUCGGGGAAUUACCCCAGGCUGAAGCAGACGACCGAAGAACUGAAGCAGGGCUUUCGGAGGCAGAUGGAUCUGGAGAAAGCUCACAUUGUCACCAUUCAAUCGGUGGAAGCCCUGAAACCGGUAACGCCAGAGAUGGAGAAAAAGCGGCAGGCCCUGACAGAGCUGCACAAGGAGUGGCGGGCAACCUUGCUGCAGGCCUUCGCGGAGGGCAAGAAGAAGCUAAUGUCCAGAAGGUUCGGCUGCAGCUUCAAGCUGGACUUGUACCCUUACACGUGCCUGCUCACGGACGAGGAGUACGUGAACGCCAUGCUGGAGAGUUUAUCCAGCCUGCCGCCCAAUGGCGAUUCAGUGAUGUCGCUCUCCAGAAAUCUGGGCAGAAAGGUUUUCAACAUGUACUGCAUCCGCAAGAAGAUGCGAAACCACGUCGCGCAGCGGAUCUCCAAGGUGUACGACGCCUACUGUGAACUGCUGGCCAUUGACGGCAAGGUGAGCGGCUACCUGCCACGCCAGUUCUGGGAGCGCGUCGAGGCGGAGGUGGCCGACGGGUACCGCCUGUCGGGCGAGACCGUGGAGUGGACGGUCCCGGUGACCGUGACGCUGGGCUCGUACCUGCUCGACAUCAUGGUGCGCGAGCUCAAGGUGUACGCCGGCACGGGCUCCACCGACUUGGCCAGGGGCACCAAACCCAUCCCGGCGCUCUACCACGUGUACGCCUUCCGCAGCGUGCGCCAGAUCGGCUUCGUUAAGCCGCACCCCCUGGUGACUCAGCUGCAGUCGAGGGCGGUCGAGACGGAGCUUCAUUUCGACGUGCAGGCCUUGCCGACCUCCUGCCCGCCCCUGCCGUGGACCUCGCCCCGAUUCGGCGGCUACGUCCUGAUACCCACUACCCUCAUGCGCAGCGUGGACAUGGCCACGCAGCACCAGAACCUGCUGGAUCUGUGCCAGGUUCAGGAGGCGCGGCGCUUGCAUGCCGCCAUGGACGUGCUGAACCAACUGGGGGCGUGCUCCUGGAUCAUAAACGAGCCGCUGCUCGACAUCGUCAUCGCCAUCUUCAACGACCGCGGCUGCGACAAGCUCGACAUCCCACCGCCUCUCUCUGAGGCUCCCAAAGUGCCCAGGUACGACCCAACGGGUGAGAACGGCAUCGCCGACCGGCUGGCUUUCCGGCGCGCAUUGACGCACGCGCGCAAGACGACAAGCGAGAUGCACAGCCUCCGCAUGAGUGCGCUCUACAAGCUGUCCAUCGCCAACGCGAUGCGCGGCCGCGUCUUCUGGUUCCCGCACAACAUGGACUUCCGCGGGCGCACCUACCCAUGCCCGCCGCACUUCAACCACCUGGGCAGCGACAUGUCACGUGCCCUUCUGCUGUUCGCCGAGGGGCGGCCGCUGGGCGAACGCGGCCUCGAUUGGAUCAAGAUCCACCUGGUGAACUUGACGGGUACCAAAAAGAAGUCCUCCCUGCUGGAACGCCGCAUGUUCGCUGACGAGAAGAUGGACGACAUCCUGGACUCGGCUGACCGACCCCUCACGGGCCGCCAGUGGUGGAUGGAGGCAGACGAGCCGUGGCAGGUGCUGGCCUGCUGCAUGGAGAUUGCCAAAGCUGUCCGCUCCCCCGAUCCCAAGGAGUACAUAUCACACUUUCCUACCCACCAGGACGGGUCCUGCAAUGGGCUGCAGCACUACGCCGCCCUGGGACGCGAUACGAUUGGCGCCGCAUCCGUCAACUUGAAGCCGCUGGACAUGCCCCAGGACGUGUACGCGAGUGUCGCGCAGCAGGUUGAUGUGUUCCGUGCUGAGGACGCCAAGAACGACGUGAAGAUCGCCCAGGUGCUCGAAGGCUUCAUCGGCCGCAAGUUGGUCAAGCAGACGGUGAUGACUGUGGUGUACGGCGUGACGCGUUACGGAGGACGACAGCAGAUCGAGAAGCGCCUCAGCGAGAUGGACGACUUCCCCAAGGAGCACGUGUGGGACGCUUCGGCCUAUCUGACCAAACUGGUUUUCUCCAGCCUCCGGGAGAUGUUCACGGGAACCCGUGAGAUCCAGAACUGGCUGACCGAGAGCGCGAGGAUGAUCGCCCGUGCGGGCCAGUCGGUCGAGUGGGUGACGCCGCUGGGCCUGCCUAUCAUACAGCCCUACCACCGCACCCAACGAUCCGUGUUGAACGGCCACAUGCAGAUGAUAGGACUAUGCAAUUCUUCAGACGUGAACCAAAAACCGAACAUCAUGAAACAGAAAAAUGCGUUCCCGCCAAACUUCAUCCACUCGCUGGACUCCACACACAUGAUGCUGACGGCCCUUUACUGCUACAGGGAGGGCUUAUCUUUUGCCUCUGUCCACGACUGCUUCUGGACACACGCUGCCACAGUGGAUAUCAUGAACAGGGUGUGCCGUGAGCAAUUUGUGGCGCUGCACAGUCAACCCAUCCUGGAGGAUCUGUCCUCUUUCCUCAUCAGCAAGUACAGCGUCUUUGCCCCGGCGAGCCGGAGAAAAAAGGCAUCUGCAGAGUUCAAACAUCUGAUGGAUUUUCUGACGAUGAUCCCUCAAAAGGGCGAGUUCAACCUGGAGGAAGUGCGAAACUCAACUUAUUUUUUUAGCUGAAGUGACCCCCGAGGACUUCUAGAGGGCAAAACGAAUCCUCCCCCUCCCUCUCCACGGCUGGACCCUGGUGUGAGCUGGCUCGUGAUCCCACCUGGCAAGGUGUAGUCCUUGAGGAACGUCAUCAUAACCAGGAUGGGGGGGGGGGGCUGCCGUUUCGGCAGAUGGAUUUCACAUCCGAGCGGCUGUGCCUUUAUUCGAAUAUAUUUAAACGACUUUUUUUUUGCUAAUUUUUUUUAUUGUGGGACAAUAGAAGAAGUUCGAAGAUGAUACUCUUAGGUUUUUUCUGUAAAGUCACGUAGGAAAAAAAUAAUUAAUUGAUGUAUUAUUAUUAUGAUUUAUCAAUUGAUUUAAUUGCUUUAUUUUCAUUUAUUAGGAUUUUAUUUUAUUAUUUUUUACCUACAUGACUUUACCGAAAAAAACCUAAGAGUAUGAAUCCUUGCAGUCACGAAAGCUUCAAAUCCGAAGAUGAUGUUUCAUGUCUGAGCUCUUAAGCCUUUUUUUUCUGGCUGAUGCUUUUGGCAAUUACAAAUGCUCAAUAAUAAAUGCCGGGGCCAUUCAUUUUGGAUCCUGGCUUAUUCAUCUCUCGGCUCAUUUAGCCUGUGAUUGAUAUCAGGUGUGCGUCGUUCUGUCUGCGCAGACAAACGAGAAGGCUUCACUCAACGCAGGUAAACACGGUCGUCGGUGACCAAUUCAUGUCUCCUGCAGGUUUCGGUGGAUCAAUAAAUAUUUGGCUCAAGCAACUUCUUGCCCUGGGUAGUUUAUUGGGGUGGUGAAGUAUUUAUUUUUGUCUUCUUGAAUUCAUAGUCCUAUCAAUUUUCUAAAUACAUUGUCAAACAAACGGAAAAAAAACCCCGUGAAAUAUUUAAUUUUUCCUGCCUAAGUGGAAAUCAAUGCUUUGGCCAAGAGACCUUUUCGGAUCGAUGAAUCAUCACGACAAUGUUGCAUCAAGGUCAUCAUGUCGUGGCUUCACACCCAUUGGUGGUCAUUGGCACACCAAAGCCAGAUGUUGAUUGACAUGUUGUCCUGAAGCUUCACUGAGGCAAUGUUAUUAAAACCAUUCAUACUUACAAAUGGUCCACCUGUAAGUGGUUUCAAAAAAGCAAUUGUCAUUUCUGCAAAGCCAAUAAAUGGACAUAUUAAAGUCUUUUUGGUUGUAUUAAUUGACUUUCUGAAGCUGCAAUAAUUUGCUGCAUAUUCAAAUGUGCAUUUGUGUGUGUAUGUUAUUUAUACUCAUGUUCUCUCUUUUAGAAUAUGUAAAUACAUGACUAUGUUUUAUAUUGAAUUGUACAUAAUGCUGUACCAUUGGUUUUAUACAAUGCAUUGUCUUGGUAGCAAUCGCAAAGAUAUUACUUUAUCAACGCAUUACCAGUUUACUUGCAUUUGCCAUGGAAGGUGACCUUGCUUGGUGUGUCGCGGUGGAAGUCUGCUGUCAGAGACGAAUUGUAACGAGAGCGAUAGUUGUGGCAAAUUUUCUGUAAUUUCGUGACGCCUGCCAAGGAAGCCGAUCCUAAUCCCGGCAUGCAUUGCCACGAUGCCACAGGAAGCCUUCACUGCUUCAAGUUGUCGACCACACGAACUAAUUUGUGCGCUGCUUGUACAGAGAAUCGUCUAUGCACUGAAUAAAGUACCAACAUUGUUUUAUACAAAUGUUUGAUUUGAGCAACUGUGUGAUAUAUUACCACUUUGCACCAUUAAAUUAACUCGA